UAUUUUUAAAAGGCUUGAUGUUGAUGGUGGUUGUCUGAUUAAAAUGCACAUAUUAAAGAGUGUAGCCAAUAACUGUAGAAAGUAAAAAAAAAAAAAGAAGAAGAAGAAGAAGAAGAAGAAAGAAGUUAAUUUGGCAACAAAAGCUCAUCAUAUGACAGACAGUGUGUGUACCACACGCAGGUGUGUGGCAGUGGGAGUGAUUCUGGGAAAUGCGGGGAAGUCCUCGCACAUUCCCAGGGCUGAUAAACAUUCACUCCCUGCUGGGUCGGUCUGGCUUCACAGUGACCAUGAUCCUGCAACAGUGGUGGCUGAUUUUGGCUGUGGAAUGCACCUGUAUAUGUGUCUCCAGUCAGUCUUUUCCUCAGAAGAGACAGUGUGCCUUCCAAGUGACUCCCCAGAACAAAAUAUACACAACUGUUGGCAAUGUAAGCGGGUCGGUGCAGCUCUGCGAGAACACCGAAUGCUGUGUGGGCUAUUAUGUGGUCAUUGAUGGCCAACUAAAGGUUGACGUUCGUGCUUGUGAUAUAGCUGAAAAGUCUUGCCCAGAUGCGACCUGCAAGGCACAAAUGCGCUUCAAUGGUCGCGUCAUUAAGUGUGUGUGCAACACAGACCUCUGCAACAGCAACAUCACCUGGCCACUGAAGUCAGAAGAGCCUCCACUUGCCUACCCGUAUUCUGGAGAUGACAUGGUGAAAACUGGUGUAAUUCUGUUUGGGGCUUUGAUUAUCCUGGGUCUCAUGAUCACUGCUGCCAAACGGCUGAGCCUCUUUAAAGAAAGAAAUGAGGAUCCACGCUCCCCUGAUGAUUCUGGUGUCUCACCGCUGUGUUCCUGCCAGGCAACAAGAAGCUGUGAGAUUGACAUUGCUGACAUUGAACUAGAGCAGAUUGUGGGCCAUGGGAAUUUUGCAACUGUCUGGAAGGGGAAAUACCAGGGAUCCGUGGUGGCAGUGAAAGUUUUCCCUGCAGGCUGGAAACACAAAUUUACUGCAGAGAAGGAGAUUUAUGAGCUACCGCUAAUGAAGCAUGCUGGGAUUGUCCGUUUCCUGGGCACUGGGAGAAAACCGGAUGGAGACAAUUGGCUUAUUGUCCUGCAAUAUGCUGAAUAUGGUACUCUCCACCCUUUUCUGCGUGACAACACCAGCAACUGGACGUCGUCACUGAAGUUGUGCCAGUCUUUAUCGCAGGGGCUCGCCUAUCUCCACUCUGACAUCCGCAGGCACGAUGUGCACAAACCUUAUGUGGCCCACAGAGACUUGAGCAGCUCCAAUGUGCUUGUGAAAGCCGACGGUACCUGUGCCCUGUGUGAUUUUGGAUGCUCCACCAUCCUGCGUUCUUCUUCAGGACAUUGCUACAGGCAGAACGACACAGCAAACAUGGAGAGUCAUGCUCAGCUGGGCACACUGCGCUACAUGUCCCCUGAGGUCCUGGAAGGCUCUGUAAACCUGAAAAACACCUGGUCUCUCAUGCAGGCAGACAUGUAUGCCUUGGCUCUUCUGCUGUGGGAGAUCUGGAUGCGCUGCUCGGAUUUAUUUAAAGUUGUUCCAAAGCGUAUGUUGCCUUAUGAAUCUGAGCUGGGAGCCAGUGUCACCAAGGAGAGCCUCAUCCUGUACGUGUGUCACAUGGAGAAGAGACCCGAAAUACCCCAACACUGGGAACUGCUACCACAGGGACCUGAACUUGAGGAGAUCCUGACAGACAGUUGGGAUGUUGAGCCGGAUGCCCGCCUCACUGCUCACUGUGUUGCGGACAGAUUGGUUGCUCUCCAGUCUUGUUACUCGAUAUGAUUUUUUUCCCCUUCCUUCCUUUUUUUUUAAACAGCUAAAUUAGUUGUAUUGUACAUAUCAAAUAUUUGCACUGUUCUCGUGUGACCACUGUUUAGCUUUGUGGUAUAUUUUCAUCAGUUUGAAAUGGGAAUUAUUAUUUUUGUGAGUGAACACAAAUGAUUAAUUAUAAUAAUAAUUGUUUGUGUUCCUUUUCUAAUUUUUUGUAACUUUUGGUUUUGUGUUUAAAUAUUUAGAAGAAACACACAACUACUAGGGGUUGACUACUGACGGGGUUAAAUAAGAGAUUAAAUUAUGAUCUCUCACUUCCAGAUAUCAGAAUGAAUGUUGGUUCUAUGGGUACCUAUGAGGUAUGACUGGAAAGCACAGACUUUUGUGGAUUCAGUGAACUUAUAUGUAUUUGUGUGAUGAAGUCAGUCCCCACAGUUGUCAUUUCAUUAUAGUGUGCCACUGUAUAAAAACAAGCUGUCCAGCAUAACCUGAACCUACUGCCUGGGUAAGAGUGGGGUCUUGGAGGGUUUGUAGGUAUCUGGUUUCUGAAAAGUGAAUGUAUUUCUGUCUAAUUCUGAUAUAAAAAUAUUAAUAAGGCUUAAAAUGAUCGAUAUAAACAUUACUGGAGUUUUUUUCUUUACUUGGCUUGAGUCUACUUAACUUUUUUUUAAUUGAUUUUAGAAGUUUACUUUUUUACACUGCCUUAUUAUAUUACGGACUCACCAAUCCCCUACGAGACUGAAUGCAGCCUGAGAUCCUCAGGCAGAGGACAAGGUCAAGGCAAAAAACCCAGGAUAGCUGCUGGAGGAUAUCUGGCAGAUUAGAAUCAGAAAUUCCUUUGAUAGUUCUGCAAACAGGGAAAUUUGUGAUUAGCUCUGUUUUGCCAUUAAAAAGUACUUAUUGUUUUUAAUAUUUGUGCAAUUCUUACCUUGCGUGUUUUAUUAUUGUAUUACUGUAUGAACUGAACUAUUGUACAUCCUUUAUCUGUCAUUUCUCCAGUUUUUUUUAUCUUUGUAAAAAACACUCUGUACUUUAUUGCCCAGGCCAUCUCUAAUGACCGGCUUCCAGCACAACACAGAAGUCCCAUGGAGCCCUCUUUAUAACCAAUUUGUAUUUUAAACAAUAAAAAAAAUGCAUGUUGAUUGCA